AUGAUUAAAUCAUUCAAUAAGGCUAAAUCCUUAGUACCUAUGAACAAGAGAAAUAAACAGUUAGUUUAUGCUAUAGUUCUAUUGAAUACUGCAUUAGACAAUAUGAACGUUUCAGGUACAAUGACUUCAGUGUUUUCAAUAACAAAUCAUUUCCAAUCAACAACAACUACAACCUCAUGGAUCCUUGCAGCUUAUGCCCUAACAUUGGGUGCUUGUAUUAUCAUAUCAGGUAAAUUAUCAGAUGUUCUUGGAGCACAUAAUAUUUUCAUCUAUGGAUUAUUUGGUCAAAGUAUUAUGGCGUUAAUCACAGCAGUUAUUGAUGAUCAAAUAAUUGUUUUAAUUGUAUUCAGAGCUUUACAAGGUGUAUUUGCUUCAACAUUAAUACCCGCUGCUUUUUCUAUUACGGGAAAUUAUUUCCAAGGUAAAGCUUUGUCAAAAGCUAUUAGUUUUUUAUUAAUGGCUGUCACUGCAAGCUUAGGUGUUGGGUUAAUAUUGGGUGGUGCUUUCUCAGAAACUAAUAUUGGAUAUAAAGGGCUAUACUAUUUUACUUUUGCUUUGGGGUUUACUUCAUCCAUUUUUUUGUUUUUCUAUGCAAUCCCAAUAACUCCAACUAAAGAACAUGAACAAUUGAAAAUUAAAAACUUAGAUUUUGGUGGAUCUGUGCUACUUGUUACUGGAUUGAUUUUAAUGAUCUUAGGACUAACUGAGGGUGGUGAAUCAUGGAAAGAUCCUGUUUCUUAUGUUCCUUUAAUUAUUGGUGGAUUAACCACAAUUGGUGUUAUAUUAUUUGAAAUGGUUUAUAUUCAAAAUUUUAAGAAUAAAGUUGAUAGAGAAUCAACAACUUUAGAAAAUAAAGAUGAUGAAGAAUCAUUAGAUGUGAACAUAAACUCAAAAAAGAAAGAUUGGAGAUAUAAUCUAGAAUUAUUGUUUCCUGGUGAAGUUGCAAGAGUUCCAAAUUUCCCACAAUAUGUAAUCUCCAGUUUUUUUUAUUAUAUGUGUUUAAUCAGUGUCACAACUACAAACAUUCAAUAUAAUCAAUAUGUUACACUAGAUUCCCCAAUAAUUUGUGGACUAAAAGCUUUACCAAUUUCACUUGGACUAUUAACUGGUGCUACAAUCUAUAGACAUCAUAUAGCUAAAAAAGCUGGAGUGAGAUUGGUUUAUACAAGUUCUGCAAUAAUAACUAUAACAAUGACUGUUUGGAUUUCUAGAUUAAAUUUCCAAGAAAAAAAUAGUUAUUGGAAAUAUGAAUGUUUUGGACAAUAUUUUUUUGGUUAUGGUAUUAAUUUAUAUUUUCAAGUUUUAUGGAAUGAUUAUUCCUUAGAUACUCCAUUACAUUUACAAGGUGUUGUCUCUGGGAUACUUCAGACUGCAGGCCAGAUUGGAAUUUGUUUUGGUAACACAAUUAUUGCAACUAUUAAUGGUGAUAUUCAUAGUGAUAAAUCAUGGGAAAAUAGAAUUGAACUACAUGAUAAGUUUAAAAAAAAUUAUUAUUUAGUUUAUGCUGCUUGUGGAUUAGCUUUUUUUGUAUUUUUAACAAUGAAAAGUGGUAAACCUCAAGUGGAGCAAACAGAACAGUCAUCAGAACAAUCAAUUGAAGAAUCUUCACAGAAUAAAGAAGAUAGUUAA